AUGCCGGACUGGCGAUACAACGUUCUGUCAACGAGCGAGGCGUAUUUGGACGCCGAGGGAGGUCCUCCCCGGGAUCCCUUCGCGGCGAGCUACCCUCGUCGAACAGAUCGCACCCGGCCCCACCAUACUUGUCCCUACACCACCAUUUUUCUUGGAACAAGAUCUAACAUUCCAUACCAAACACCAUUACACAGUGAGAGCGAUCCGUACGGCGAUGCAUUUUCAGUCGACCGCUCUUCAAACCUCACGGACACUUCAAGCUUUGCUCGAUAUGAGGAUUGUCGCUCGCAGUUGGAUAAUCCUCUGAUACCAAUCAAAGAUCCUGACAAAACAGAUGGCAGCGUAAGAGUGCAAGUACAAAAAUUGCCGUACAAUUCUGGAAUCUUUUAUGUAUCUAUGAAAUCAGAGUCUGACAAAGUCGUGCAAGACAAUAACUUGUUUCCUCUUGAAGGAUCGGAUUCAGAUGCUCUGUCCUCUUGUACUUGUGACAGUUUUGAAAGAUGUGAAUUCGAUUGCCGGGACUUUGAACCGUUCUCAGACACUUGUUGUUGUGAUCCUCUGAGCGAUGGUGUCUGCAGCCGUAGCCCCAAAGAUGUCGACUCCCCCGAACACUUCAGUGAUCGAGUGGUGGAAGAAGACCGUGUGUCAGCACGAAGCGAUAUGGAUGGUCUGGAUUUAGCUUUAUUUGAACCAGCACAGACUGAUUCUAAUGAAUGUGGCGAAGAUUCUCUUGACCAAAAUUCAGUAUCCGUUGCGGCAAGUGUAUGCGGAAUAUUACACUCACUUCCAUAUAUCAAUGAUGCAGCAAGCACAGCUGUUAGUGGUGCAUCAACAGGAGUGCCUCUCUCAUGGGAACCAUUCUACUGCGUGUUACAACAGGAUCGUCGCACGCUGACAGCUUACAUCAGCGAAGAACUCGCUUCGUUUCCUGGCUUCUAUUUGGACUACAAGGCAUCCAAUAAUAACGGGGAAUACGCCACGCGCAGUUUACCCCGAGUGAGAAUAGAUGGCGGCACUAACGUCGGAAAUGGAGUCAGAUUAAGAUGCUGGGCGGCUCCUCCUUCGAUUACAGAAGAAGAAGCAGAGGACGAGAUCGAAGAAGAUGCAGUUUCAUUACGGGCCCUACCAUCACAAGAGGGCCAUCGCAUUAUAUCCGACGCCCCUGCAUUUCUCUGUCAGAGUCGCGGCGUUCUGUUCACGUCAGUGCGUUAUGUCGCUUCCGACUCGACAGACAUGGGAUUCGGAUUUAAAGCGCCUUUUUUAUAA